AUGUCUGGAGUUUCAUGUGUGCUCUUAUGGAGCUCAGUUGAAGCAAAGGGCGGUCCGCAGGCACUAGAAGGUUUGAUGAAGCGAGUGGAACUUCUUGGUGCCGUUCGGGUUGGCCGGAUGCAUAUCGAAAGUGCCAUUUACUUCGCUUCUCACCCAAAAGCCACGUGUAAAAAUUUCCAGGUUCUGACAUCUACAGAAUUCCCCGCCUCAUGUUUUGUCUUUACGGACAAUAACACCCUUCUUGUGGCUGAUCUGGCCUUCCGCGAAUUUGCCGGUUAUCUGAGGGCUUCGUAUCAAAGGAAAAAGAAGCUACAGGUCGAAGGGAAAGGCAUGAAGUACAGACUAGGUGAUUUCGGCAUCAACUUUGUCACACUCUUCAUGGGUCAGAGUGCAAACGUCAGAGGCUAUCUGAUUGAAGUCACGUUUGAGGCUUCUUGUAUCAUUCACUUAUGUGGUGAUAUCCUGCGUGCUUUCAUCACCCAAGUUCUUCCAGACGUCUGUCCCCCCAUCAAUGACCCAAACUCCGCGGAGCAUAUAUUCAGUCAGUCGUUCCAUCGAGCUGUCCAGACUGGCAGUUUUGACUGUCCCCGUUGGCCUCCUUGUCAGUUUUCUCUUGAUGGCUUGCAGUCCAGCACCAGCGACUCUCCCCUUCACCAUGCAUGUGCCCGUCUAACUAUGAGCCAGUAUGCAGAACAUAUGAAUUCAGUUCGUAGGCUCUCACGCCAGACAACACAUACAGGCUCAGCUUCUGCAACACCUUGUUCCACUCCCUACGCGCCGACACCCGGGCAGAUCGUGUCUACCGCCUCUCCACGGGCACCCUCAUCCAGCACACCUGGUUAAAGACCCAAUAACUUGAACUGUGUGCAUUUUCUGAACAAAAUAUAUUGCUUUUAAU